AAGGCGGCGGCGGCGGCGGCGCUGCCCGGCAUCGCCCCAGCGGGGCUCCCCCCGCCGCACCCCGCUUUCCCUUAAAGUUUGGGGCGGGAGGUACGGGGACGGGGGGGGUAGAAGACCGGAGCCAACUUGUCCCAGAUCCCUUUUAUUGACCCGCCGGCUGGAGCCGCCGUCUCCCAACCCCCGCGUGUUUUGCUGAUUAAAGAGACGGACCUUGGUCUUGCCACCGCCGGGUGGCCGCCCGGCCGCCCUGCCGCUUCCUGCCCGCACCAUGGAGUUCACCCAGAGGAAGAGAAGCAGGAAAUCCCAAAGCUUUAAACUGAUCAACGAAGAUUACCAUCAUGAGAUAUAUAAGAUCUCUGACUACAGCAAUGAUGUUAAUGGGGAGACCAAAGAAACACAACCAGUUUUUUUAGGAGAUGAAAGCCGGGAAAUUAAAAAACAAAUUACAGGGAUGAGAAGAUUACUGAAUGACAGCACUGGAAGAAUCUAUCAACGCGUUGGCAAAGAAGGAGAAAAACUGAAGGAGGAGCCCCAAGAUUUAGACUUAACCUGGGCCCAGCGCCUGAAUCCCCCUGCAGAGUCCCAGGGCAGCCUUCAUCCCUCACAGAGCAGUGCAUGGAAUGAAUUAUCACCCCAACCCAGCCAUUUUUCAGGGCAAUAUGGAACUCGAUCCAAAACGUUCCAAAAUCAAACGCGAACCGUGACAUCCAAUGGAGAAAUACCAAUUGUGAAUUCAUCAAUUGGACCAAACUGUUGUACAUGUAAUUGCCAGUCAACCCUGCAGGCUAUUCUUCAAGAGCUCAAAACCAUGCGAAAACUGAUGCAGAUUCAAGCAGUUGGGACUCAGAACAGGCAGCAGCCUCCUGUUCCCCUGAUUUGUGCACAGAAGUCAACAAUAUCCAGAAAGAGAAAUAAAAAGAAAAAACUGCCCCUCAAAUCUGUUGAACUAAUUACCAUGAAUAAGAAGCCCAGCGCUGCAGAGAACGAGAAGAAGCUGUCAUCAAACUCAGAAAGAUCAAGUCUGCAAGCAGUUGAACCCCCCCUAAAACCAGAAGCCCCUGUUUCAGGAUUUGGAAUUAUCCUUGAAUCAGCUUCAUCAGAUCCAGAAGUGCAACUUGCUGAAGGCUUUGAUGUCUUCAUGCCGAAAUCUCAGCUGGACUCUAUCUUAUCAAACUACACUCGCUCAGGAAGUCUGCUCUUCAGGAAGCUGGUCUGUGCUUUUUUUGAUGACAAGACUUUGGCUAACUCUUUACCAAAUGGCAAGAGGAAAAGAGGCCUCAAUGACAACCGGAAAGGACUAGACCAAAAUAUUGUGGGUGCAAUAAAAGUCUUUACAGAAAAAUACUGCACUGCUAACCAUGUGGAUAAACUUCCUGGUCCUAGGGACUGGGUUCAGAUUCUUCAGGAUCAAAUCAAACUGGCAAGAAGACGAUUAAAAAGAGGCUCAGCAGAGGCAACUGACUGUGAUGAGAAGCCGGACAUUUCUCUACUACAAACAGGUAGCCUUUUUGACACCACAACAGAUCAUCUGUUGGAUGCAAACCCAGAUUUUUCAGUUUGAAUUUCACAUCCUGCAUCAGUGUUUUCUUAGCAGAUAGAAACAUCCUCUCCUCUCAGUAAAGUUCCUACAAGAUCAGCACGAGAACUUCAGCACACUGCAAGACGUGGACAUCCUCUUUGCCCUUCAAGUUUGUGUUGUUUCCUUCAUUUUCCAUGUAACCUCAAAUAACAAGACCUCCAGAUUGCUUCAUUGUUCUUCAUCUUUAAUUAAAGAUGAUUUCCCUCUAUGUCAAAUGUGUUAUUCAAUUAGAGGGGUAUCCACUCUGAAGACGUUCUCUUGGCUUUGGUUUUCCUCCAUGAUUGUGUUUUUCCACAUGAUUGUAUGCUUGUCAGCAGUCUUUCAUCUUCAGCCAUGCAGAGGUGAAUGCACCCAGCUGGGUGACUCUUCCUGCCCUUGGGGACCAGGGUGACAUCUCUCUCCAUCAGGAACCUUGGUUGUUUGAUAAGCAUUUGAAGCCCUUUGCUUCUGCAGACCCACUUCUCCUUUCCUGCCUGCUGGGGUACCAAUGACCAGCUGUAUUCAGCUGUCAUUAAAAAAUUCUCAUGACUUUAGUAGGAAAUAAUGCAGGGUUCCUCACAGCAGUGCCCAGUUUCCUAAUUAUAGCAAGGAGAAAGUAGUCCUCAAACAGUUUCCCUUCAGUGGUCCUAGCAGGAUGGUUCUCAAGCAUCUCUGCAGUGCAGAUCACUGGAGGUGAUCAUUGCUUCUACACCCACCCCCCUGAGUUUGCCCUAACACCUCAAUCUGGAAACAUAUUAGUUUGCUGAUUCCUGGAAGAGGGUCUGCACACUGUGAUUUUUUCAACCACUGCCCUUGGCGACAACAUUCACCUAUUUAAAAAAAAAAAAAAAAAGAGUCACCUUUUGACUGGAACUCUAUUGAUAUCUCAGCAGCUGAGAUGAGUGAAAUCGAUCAAGAAAUUGCACUACCCACUUAGAUGUUGAAAGGGUUGGGCCUUUCAGGUCAGGGCUAAGGUAAAGUCGUAUGCAGCCCUCCAUGCAAACCUUCACUCUGCACCUUUCAUCAGCACUAAAUUCACUUUAAAAAUGUCAGGAAAAAUCCUAGAAGGUCUUAACUGCAACAUCUGUCAAUCAUCAGGCAGUGUGGGCAUGUUUUCUGCAACUGGAAGGAGAGUUUGCUAGAGCCUUUACAAUUGUGUUUCCCUGUGUAUAGUUUAGGCUCAUCUUUUUUUUUUUUUUCUUUUUUUGUUUUUAAACUAUUUGGCCUUUGAGUGUCUCAACAGAAGUGCUAUUACAGAGUCGGAUGGUUCUCAAAAUAUUUAAUAUCUUUUUUUUUUUUUUUUAACAAUCCUAAAGCCUCUUUUCUCAGACACUGCUGAGUGCCCACAAGUAACACUGCAGCCAGCAGGAGCAGUUUCUUUUUUGGGCACCUGAGAAACCAGGCUCCCAGCCCUUCCCCUCCCCCUUGCCAUGGACUUCUAGGAAUGACCAUGUUCUCUCUGAAACUGUGGAAUAGAUCGAAUGUGCACUGCAAACCUUAAAAUUUGAGUCUUUCCUUCCUCUGUGGCUUAGAGUUGGCAUCAGGCAGGGGACACUUGCCCGUGGUGUCCACGUUGUAACCCUUCAGCAAUGGAAUCCACGUUUUGUACAUUUGGAAGAUUGCAUUUGUGUUUACUUACUGUGACUACUGUUCAGACUUUCUUCAGAAAUCUUUUUAUAGGUUUUAUUAGAGAGAAGAAGAAAAAAAAAAAAUCAUUCCAUAUUUAGGUAAAAAUGUCUCAAUCUUCUGUAUAUAUGUUUUAUUAAUAUGUAAAUAUUUAGAUAUUUUUAAAUUACUAUGUUCUUAAUAAAGCGACAAGGGACUAGUUGUGAAAUGGUGUAUAACAUUGUGUCGUGUUAUCAAUCUCUGGGAAACCCUCUUUGUCAGUUCAAAAAAGAAAACCUACAAUAAAUAACUAAUU